AUGUCCAACGUGCACCUCUCGAGCGCCUCGGCCCUGGAGCGCCUGGCCGCCCGCCGGACCUUCCCCCUGCACGCCCGCACCGGCGCCUGCCGCAGCCUCUUCGGCCCCGUCGACCACGAGCAGCUGGAGCGCGAGCUGCAGGCCAAGCUGCGGGAGAUCCGCGACGCCGACCAGCGGCGCUGGGACUACAACUUCCAGGCCGAGGCGCCGCUGGCCGGCCCGGGCCGCCUGCAGUGGGAGGCGGUGGAGGGCGGCGCCGUGCCCGCCUUCUACCGGGAGACCCCGCAGGGCGGGAGGGGCCGCGGCCCCCGGCUGGGGCCCGACGCCGAGCCCAGGGGCUCUCCCCGGGAGCCGGGGCUCGCCUCCCCGACGGCAGCCCCGGCCGAGGAGCGCCUCGACCGGGAGAACCGCGCCGCCGGCCAGCGGCGCAGCUGCUCAGGGAUUAUCCUCAAGCCCGUCCCGGGCGCGGCCGCGGCUCUGAAAAGAGCAUCCUCGACGGCUCACAUCACAGAUUUCUUCGCCAAGCGGAAAAGAGUCGUAGACUCCAAAGCGGCUGGGGAGCAUCCCGGAGCGCUGCCGGCCUCGGUCUCCGCCGCCCCCACGGAGCAGACGCCCCGGAAAAGGCUCCGAUGAACGAGAUUUUGCACUACAGCACAGAAGCGCCGUUUCCUUGGUCCUUGGAAACCUAGAUUUUGCGAGGCCUUCUUCUGCCCACAUUCAAGGAGCUGGCAGAAGAGACCGGAGUCGGGAAGGAGAGCUGCCUGUCUCUUGUUUUCCCUCUUCUCCCACUCUCCGCCACAGAAGGAACUGCUUGUACCUCUAUGUAGCAAACGUGGCUCUGACUGCAAGCCACCUGACGGAGCAGUGUUAAUUUACAACUGUGCAAUUUAUUAUUUUUUUUAUAUAAAAAUUGUAUUAUGCCUAAUGUGAGUACACUGGCCUGAAGUGUAAAAGCUUUAAAGUCAUUUAUAUAUAAAAAAAUGUUUAAUCUCUGCUGAUUUCUCAGUGCAAAAAAAUGUAUAUUUGUAAAAAAGCAAACAACUUAAGAGUUAUACUAACUUAUAUUUUCUAUUUAUGUCAAAAAGGCAGAUAACUUCGGUUGGCACCCAGUAGUCUGUUAUUUGUGUGUGGUGUUUUUUUUUUUCUUAUUUGGUUAAGCCAAAGGGCACUAUAUUUGCUUUUUUUUUGUUAUUUACAAAAAAUGUAAAUUUAUUUUUAUAGUGGGGUUUUUUUGCAUUCACAAAUGUAGCUAUGAAUCAAAAUUUCUUUAGUUAUUACUUGAAAAUAAAUAAAUCUGAUACAAUGGUUCCUGAGCCGGUCUGUACCACUGCCAUUGCAAACUUAUGCCACAAUGUUAAAAUAAAAAGGAAUCUAAUUUCA